AUGACAGCAUACUUGAUAGAUGAAGCGUUAGACAAAUAUAAAGAAUACAAGGCGCUGUUUUCAGCAACUGGGAUGAAUCUUCGAGCAUUCGUUAGCAACUGUCCUGAAGUAAAUGCCCAAAUAAGCGCAGAAGUUAGAGCACCAUAUGAACAAAUGGAACUUCUCGGCAUAGACUACGAUCCCAUAUCGGACAAAUAA